UUAGGAAAAGAAAAUGUCUUUCCAAGUUUCAGCAGUAGCUGCUCCAUCCCUAAAUCCUGUGCCAGAAACCACUCGCCGCUCCGCAAAUUAUCAUCCUAGCAUUUGGGGUGACCGUUUCCUCACAUAUCCUUCUGAGCUCUCGGAAACUGAUAAUGAGAAAAUACAGCUACAACUUCAGGAAUUGAAGAAAGAAGUGAGGAAAAUGCUAAUGGCUCCAGGAGAAAAGUCAUCAGAAAAACUCAAGUUCAUUGAUGCAAUUCAUCGCUUAGGCGUGUCUUACCAUUUUGAAAAUGAGAUUCAACAAAUUUUGCAAACUCUUCAUGACUCUCAUGACCAUGAACAUGAUGAUGAUGAUGACGACCUUUACACUGUUGCUCUUCGGUUUCGGUUACUUAGACAACAUGGUUAUUAUAGUUCGCCUGCAGAUACGUUCACCAAGUUCAAGGACAGCAAAGGGAAUUUUAAGAAAUCACUUAUCAAUGAUGUGCAAGGAAUGUUGAGCUUGUAUGAAGCCACACAUCUGCGGGUACAUGGGGAAGAAAUACUUGAUGAAGCACUUGUCUUCACUGCCACACAUCUUGAGUCGGUAGCAACCCAUUUAAGCCCUCUUCUUGCAUCACAAGUAAGCCAUGCCUUAAAGCAGCCUAUCCACAAAGGACUACCGAGGUUGGAGGCAAGGUAUUACUUUUCUAUCUACCCACAAGACGCUUCACAUAAUGAAGUCCUUCUUACGUUUGCAAAGUUGGAUUUCAACCAGUUACAAAAAUUGCACCAGAAAGAACUUUCUGAAAUUGCAAGGUGGUGGAAAGACUGCAACUUUUCAAGGGAGCUACCCUUUACAAGAGACAGAGUGGUUGAGUGUUACUUCUGGAUAUUGGGAGUGUACUUCGAGCCUGAAUAUCUUCUUGCUAGAAGGAUGCUAACCAAAGUGAUAGCCAUGACCUCUAUUAUUGAUGACAUUUAUGAUGUGUAUGGAACACUUGAAGAACUUGAGCUUUUUACUCAAGCAAUCGAGAGGUGGGAUAUUGGUGCUAUAGAUCAACUUCCGGAGUACAUGAAAGUGUGUUACCGGGCACUCCUAGAUGUUUACAGUGAAAUGGAUCAAAAAAUAGGUGAAGGAAGGUCAUACCGUGCUAGAUAUGCAAGAGAAGCAAUGAAGAAUCAAGUUAGAGCCUACUUCCAAGAAGCCAAAUGGUUCCACAAGAAACACAUACCAACAAUGGAUGAGUAUAUGCGCACUGCACUAGUUACCACUGGAUACAACAUGUUAGCAACCACGUCCUUGGUUGGGAUGGGAGACGUUGUUACACAAGAUGCCUUCGAGUGGUUGUUCAAGAACCCUAAAAUGAUAAGAGCUUCAGAAGUUGUUUGUAGACUCAUGGACGACAUUGUGUCACAUAAGUUUGAGCAAAAGAGAGGGCACUGUGCCUCGGCUAUUGAAUGUUACACGGUACAACAUGGUGCUACAGAAGAAGAAGCAGUCGAUGAAUUCCGAAAAGAAAUUACAGGUGCCUGGAAGGAUAUAAAUGAAGAAUGCCUCUAUCCAACCACUGUCCCCAUGCUUGCUGGGAUGCGAAUUCUCAACUUUACACGUGUGAUUGAUGUUAUCUAUAAGGAUGAAGAUGGGUACACGUAUGCUGAAAUUGUGCUCAAAGAUUUUGUUACUUCCUUGCUCGUUGAUCCUGUGCCUUCAUAGGCAUUGAUGACGGGCCAAUUAUGCAUGGUGGGUUGUGAUGCCAAGGAAAUAGAAUAAAUUGAUUGAUAAGGAAACGCGUAGCUGAUCCAGCACUGACACUUAUGUUGGUGUUUCAUUUAUGCAUGUGUUUUUUUUUUUUAGUUUCUUUUCCAAUAAGGAUUGGGUUUUUCCUUUUCCCAUUAGGGAUUGGGUUUUCCUUUUCCAAUUAGAAUUUGUUUUGUUUUACCUUUUCAUUGUCAAAUUAUGAGUGUAUCUUAGUCGAUAUACACUCAAUGAAAUAUUCAGAAUUUGAAGUUAUAAAAUUUAUGUUCUCUUGUGUGC